CCUGAUCUCGCCUGCAUCCAAGGGCACUAGGACCAGUCGGACCCUUUCCUCUGAGUUACAGCUUUCCGUCCUGUACUCCUGUGGGUCUCGCCUGUAUCCAAGGGCACUAGGACCCCUCGGACGCUCUCCGCGGACAGCUGUUCGUCCUGUAUGAAGACCAAACACACGCCUUCCCAUCAAAGCUGCUGAGAAGGUUCUGCUGGGGUGAUCGAUUGGCUCGCGGACCCGCACUUCAAUCGCGGCGUUUACCUCCUUUCUCGGUAUAACGAUCGUCACGAGCGAUUUCGCACAGGAGGGUCCGGCGGUGACGUCCCAACUCCCCCAGAAGGCGCCGGGCGGCCCUCCCUCCGCCAUGGCGCUGCUGUUUUCUGGAGCAGUCACAAGCUCUCCUAUAAAAGAGGGACAUUCGCUGGCUGAGCAGUCGUGUCACAGCCUGGGCCUCUCCCCGCUGUCCCCGGAGCUCACCUACCAGUGCUACUCCCUGAACCCCCUGACGGGGUCCCUGUGCUCGUGCCGCCGCAGCCCGCGCCUCCUCUCCAACGGCUACUACGUGCUGACGGAGGACAGCUACGCGUGCGACGGCGACGGCAACGUCUCCCUCACCCCGUCCAAGACCAACGUGUCCUACAAGGAGAACCCGGUCCGAAUAUUCCGGCGUCGGCGAAGGCCCCGCAGGUCGCUGGCCAGCCUGUUCGGGAUGAGCCAGUCCUGGCUGGAGGAGAGAGUGUUCGGGGGCGUCUACGGCUCGCCCCUGGCCGAGUCCUCCUGGCUAGAGGAGAGACCCACCGAGCUCGGCGGCGGAUACAGCUUCGUUUAUGACCACGGCGUGGACUCGCCUCCUCUGGGCAAGGAGGAGCUGCUCUCGGCGCCGGACGAAGCCCAGGAUCGGCUCGGUCAGAACCCGGAGGGCUUCCUGGACGUCCCGCCGCCCUCCGCCUUCGAGUUCCGGAGCUGCUGCCACCGGAAGCCAAAGCCGGCAGAUCGCGCCGUUGUGAAAGGAUUCGUCCUCAUUUUCCUUGCCGUUUGCCUCUUCAUAGGCGUGUUCUCGAGGUGGCUCCUGGGAGGCGUUGCUGCGGCGUCCGUCCUGCUUUUGGUGUCUUUCGUCCUCGCAAAGUCCGAAUUCGGGAGCAAGGCUCAGCGGCGCCGAGCCAAAACCGAGGUGGGACCGUUUCUCCUCUUCUCGGAACGCCGCCAAGCGAUCAGCCGUUUACUGCUGCCGUUUACUCUGAUGUCUCUCUUAUAGGUUAUCAGGUCAAGAAAUGAGUAGAGAGGAGAGAGAAAGGGACCGGAGGCUGGAUUGCUGCUCGCAGGAGAGACGAGCGUAAAACGAGAACGAAGAAGAUGGGACGUGAAAUUGAAAAAACGUUUGUCAGCUCUUCGCUCUUUCAGUGCGUCAAUGGAGUGUGUGGCUGGACUUGUCUGGUCUCACAGUGUAGCUUCUGCUAUGAACGGAGCACAACCGUGUGUUUCUUAACACUUUUAUUCAUCUUUUUAUGUUUUAUAGUAUCUUGAAAACCAAAAGAAACCGUAGCAGUUAAAAUACUCAGCUGAUAUUUGUAAGAAGUAUUAGACAUAAUUAUUUAGCUAAACAAAUAAAAUGGAAAUAUUUGGAAAAAGUUCACUUAGUCGGUAGAAUACCUUGGCUGUUUUGGGCUCUCCAACAUGGUCCAGUUUACUGUGAUAUUUUUUAGAAACAUAAGUUGAAAGACACAGGGCCAGUCGACCGAAAAGUCCGCUAUUUUAACAUUUAUACAUGUAUUUCAACCAAUUAAUUUUGGUCAAACAGCUGCACAAGCUCUGUGAGCACUAACUGGUGUCAGGGCUUCCAAAAAUCAUUUAAAAAUGAUGAACGUGCCAUUGUCUUCAUGUCGGAAAAACCAAAAAAUAGCUGCAGGCGGGUGCCUUCUUUAUUGUCGUUACGUGUAGGAACUGUUUGCCACGUGAGCCGUUGUGCCUGUCGACGAAACGAAGUGCAGAGUCUAUAAGGACAAGCAGCUCUCCAAUUCGACUGUCACUAGGGACCAAAAUACGAUGAAAAAUUAUAUAUAUAUAUAUACACACUGUAUAUGAGUGUAAAUACAAGUGUACAUAAUACAGCGUAAUACAAGGUUCGCAUAUUAUUAACGGGACCUGAUUGCUCUGAAUGUGACUUACGGCCUCAAUUAUGCAAUGAACAAACUUUGGAGUAAAUCAGUGCUUUCGGGACACGAUCGUUUUAUUGGCACUGAGCGCUCGCAAGAAUUUCUUUACUCGCCGCAGACAAUUUUACGGUUGUUAUUAACCUAAAAGCAGAAGGUGUGCGUUCCUAACAGAACGCGCACAAGGCACACAGGCACCUUAAAGGAGUUAGAAGGAACUAUUUAUGUAAUAUUAAUAACGGUAAUAAUAGUAAAGGCCAUUUGCUGUAUUUAGUGAUUGAAACAAACAUGUCUGGGCCUCCCAUGUUGCCAAGCUUUUAGAAAAUAUAACGAUACCAAAGUAGAGAAUGAUUACUGCUACUCUUUAUAAGCUACUAAUGUGAUUAAUUCAUUUUUUUUUUCAGUUUAAUACAAUUUCAAUAAGCGUGUGGCUAAUUCUGUCUCGAAUACAAAGUAACGCUGUUGACUUUGCACAGCCUCACCGCUUCUUUUAAAUGUUACAUUUAACCUUACUCUGGUACGACGUGCGUUUUUCCAAGCUGUUUGCUGUUGGUUUGUUCGAUAUGCAAAUUACCCGCAUAAAUAAGCCGAAGUACUGAAUGUGUUGUGAACGCAAACCUUGGUCCUCGAACCCCUUCUCUCCUAACCCUUUCCAUUUGGAAUUGGGGAAUUAUGAUCAUUUCAUGACAUUUUACCAGGUACCGCUCGUUGAAGUCAACGUGGACCACGUUUACUGUACGUACACGUGAUAAGUAACAUAACGUGAAGUUAUAGGUAUGUAACCUUCGACACCUGGAGCGUGUUCUGGUAACAUCUCCCGCCGUCAUAACCUGUUUGUUUUAUAAAGCCAGCAGAACGGGUGCUUUCCAGGACCAGGUUUGGUGAUUCUUGCAGCACAGAUUUAUUUUGCCGUGUUGUGGUCAUACAGUAAAGGUACCGCAGUAAAAGGGAGAGAAGUUGACUUUUUUGUUUGAAUUCAAAACUUUUCAAAUCACACCGAAGAAAAUCAGAAUGUACCUUCUAUUAUUGGCAUUGUUGCUACUGAGACUACAUUUUUAUACAUUUUAGGCAUCAUUAAAGUUUUUUUAUAUAUAUAUAUAACAUACAUAGAACUUUUUUACUUUGGCAAAAAAAAAUGCUGUAAUGCUGGUUUUUAUAUCAUUAUAUUUGAAAUCAGAACUGUACACAUUUCAUGAUGACAAAUCCUGACCUGGAGAGACCUUUGAAAUACUGAUAAAUGAGUUUGGUUAGAGAAAUGAUGAGUUCAGUGAAGCACUUGUGUGUUCAGGUACAAUGGACACACACACACACACACACACACACACAGUGGCCCUUCAGUACAGGACUGCAGACGUACAGCAGUUUCUGUAUUGCACAUUUAUAGCAGUAUAAUAUCACAUCACUGGAGUUCCGUAUCAUGUUAGUCACAAUGUAUUGCAUGUGCUUUUUAUGUUAAUUUCAAUAGUACAGACAUUUACAUUGUGCAUUUUCUGUCCGUGAUUUAAAGAAACUCUGCCUUGAAAAUGAAGUGGAAAAUGUAGAUUCUAACUGGA